AUGCGUCUCAUCACACACAACCUGCUCGUGUGCAACAAGAAGGGCGUUGAAAAUGGCUACCCUCUCGCUAUUGAGGCCGAGGAGGUAGAAGUCGUGGCCUGCGACUUCCAAGCCGCGUUUGUGCGUAAAAUGCUGACCAAACUGGAUUGGAACGCCUUCCUGACCGGAGCGAAGGCGCUUAAGCUUGCAGACGGCUUCCCAGAGACGCUUCCUACCGCUGAGGAAGGAGCCACGGACGAAGAAAUGCUGCGCAAGAUCCACCACGCAUUGCUGGAGGUGCAUGUGAAGCAGGGAAAGCUCGUGUGCCCUGAGUCAGGUCGUGCUUUCCCUAUCAUCGACGGCAUCCCCAACAUGCUGCUGAACGAGGACGAAGUCUAA